AUGGCGCAAUUGAAGUUUAUGGAUUUGUCUACGGACAUUAAGACGCUCAUAGUGCAGCAUGUGAACCGACCAUCAGAUCUGCGGAACCUCUGCCUCACAUGCAAGCAGCUGCACGAGAUCACCGUCCGCAAGCUGUACUACAAGGUCGUGCUCGACAUCGGCAGUCCCAACGACAACAAGCUCGGCGCCUUCCUCAACCCCAGGAACAUCGGCCUGCAAUGGAUCCGGAAGCUCGAUUUGUACCUAGCCAGCGUCCCCGAUGCGUGCAACCAGAUGCAGCUCGCCAACUUCACCGUCCGCAUGAUCCUCGAGAUGCUGCCCGAGAACAUCCUGGAGAAGUUCUCGUGGCAUCCUUGGCAGCUGUUCUCGGGCGAGAACCUGAUAUUGCUGUACAAGAAGCAGAAGCGAAUGGAGAGACUCGAGGCCCUCGGGCUGGAUUCCGACGUCCUAGCCGAGCUGCGCAAGAUCCGCGACUUCGAAAAGGUGUUCGAGAACGUCAAGAAAGUGAGCAUCUACCCGGACUCGCGCAAGGUGAUGGAGAUGUCGCAGCUCCUGCUGGAGAACUCGAAGAAGAUGGAGAAGAUGACCAUACACGCCAACUUCGACGACGAGAUACCGAGCCGCGAAUUGAACGACUCGAGCACCGAGCCGGGGAUCCUGACCUCGACUAUCUUCUCGCACAUGCAGCCUUUCGCAAAGUGCACGCCCAUCACGCUCAAGGAGAUCGAGAUGCAUAAGAUUAACUUGCGCUACGCGGCGGAUACGUACUGCAAGGUUAUUGACUUCAGGACUGUCAAGUCGAUCGUGAUAGGGGAUUGCUCUGGUGGAGAUGCGCUCUUCGCUGCGCUCUGCGGGAGCACGAGACUGCCCGAGAGAUUGGAGACUCUCGAGUUCAAGCAUGACGAUAAUUCGGAGAAUGAUGGGCUGAAUGCCAUAGACGGGUUCUUGUGUCUCGUUACGGGCCUCAAGACGUUGUGUCUUGAUUUCCAGGAGGUCAAGGCUCUUCCUGCUCCGGCUGGUAUCACUCGACAUGCGAAGACUCUCAAGUCAUUGCUGGUUCAUGCAGCGGACGACUGCAACAAUGAGUUCGUUUACGACUGGAAUGCGUUCUCUGACCUCUGCAAGAGCUGCACGUUGCUGGAGCAGAUCAGCGUGGCGUUCCCGGAGGUCAGCUUGAUACGACAAAACCAGGAGUCUUUCAUCAACUUCCAAACAUGCCUAGGCGACCUCCACGACCUCACAACCCUCAACAUCACAACCUGGCCCAACAACGACCCAUCCGGCACCCGACUCCCCCGCAAAGUCUUCGACCACCUCCUCCAAGGGCUCGCCCAAGCCGGUUUCGAGCGCAGCGUCGCCCACGCCGCCAGCCAGAACCGCAGCUCGAAGCUCGCCAUCAUCGCGUUCGGCGCCUCGGACCGCAUCUACGAGCGCGAGCAGUCGCAGAACCAGGUCAUCUUCGUCAAGGGCAAGCAGGUCGACCCGCUCGGCCGCGAGAGCCCCGUCGCUAUCCAGAUUGGCUGCUCCAGCUCCAGCUCCAACUCCAUGUCGUCGUAUCCACCUCCCCCCACCGACGACUCUCAAUAUGCACCCAUCUACCCUGCCGCUCCGAGCGCUCCGCCGCCCUUGCUAGACUCCCAGCAGCAACAGCAGCUGCAGUUCGGCUCCUCCAACCUCUAUCCCAAGCUCGAGAAUGUAGGCGACAUCCUGCAGCAGCAGGCCCACCAGGCCAAUCAUGCCUUGGACGAUCAGCGAAACCACGGCUCGCCGCUACAGGGGGAUCUUCAAUCACAGCAACAACAGCAGCAGGCCAAAUCCAAUCGCUUGCGCAAGGCCUGCGAUUCGUGCAGCAUACGGAAAGUCAAGUGUGACGAAUCCGGCCCCCCAUGUCGAGCCUGCGCAUCUCUAGAUAUUCCAUGUACCUUCGAACGACCCAGUCGACGGCGAGGACCUCCCAACCGCCAUGCUGAAGCCAUUAAGAAGAAACGUCGGUUGGAAGGAGACCUCCCCUCUGGACCGUCAACGCCAGCCUCGCCGACCAAUGCUGCUCACGCGCUGGCACAACUCUCUUCACAUCCUCCCGCACAUCUCUCUGCCGAGACCAUCGCCUCCGUACCUACCAUGAACGCCCUGAUCGACGACUUCUUCACAUACAUACACCCGCUGUGUCCUUUCCCACACGAACCGUCGUUUCGUGAAGCUUGGGAUAGGAGAGUAGACUACUCAGAUUCGUCGUUCCUGGCCCUCCUGGCGUCCAUGGUUGCCGCUCUCGUUGCAUCGUUCCCGCGGAAACCACGCCUACACCUCAAGAUGCAGACACGCGACCAAUACCCCUCACAUCUCGCGCUCGUGGACAAAUGCCGGGAAGUGUGUGCGGCGGCGAGGGGACCAGGCUACCUCGACCGCCAGGGCUUGAACGUAUACGACGCGUGCACGAGCUACUUCUUAGGGUUGGUCGGCGCAUACACGUUCCAGUGGCGGCAGCUCCGUCUCUACUUUGGCGAGUGCCUGACGAUCCUGCGCUCGCUGGGAUUGCACAAGGCACACGAACAGGGGUAUACCAACCUCGGUGCUGUUCCUGGUUUGUACGGCUCUAACGGACCUAGCUACGACGGAUCGCGGGACCUCAAGCUCGAUAUGAUCACCGAGCAGAUCGGGCGGAGAGUGUUUUGGACGCUCUUUGCGGGAGUCAGGACUAUGGCACAGAUGGGUGCUUCGUUCGGAGAGCUGACUAUUCUACCUGCAACGCCGACGGAGCAGCUUCCACCCUUGCCUGUCGAAAUUGACGACCCAUAUAUCUUCCCGGACAGUAUCCACGCCCAGCCUGAGGGUGUGGUGUCGCUUUUGGUGGGAUUCAAUGUGAACGUGCGGACGUUUCUGUCCUACUCGACGGUGUCAACGGCAGAGAUGGCCUUUGGUGUGGAUGAAUUGUUCGACUGGAACACGCAGCAGAAGAUUCUUUCCCAAUCACUACAACGCUGUAACGAUGUUGUGAGCGACAUGCCGGAUGUACUAAAGGUGAAGGCACAAGACAGUCAGAAUGGAAAAUUUGGACAACGGAAACAGCCCUACUACCCGCCCAUGCCUGAAUAUGGCAACCUGCGCGAUCCUGCUCUGGAGGCACUCAACGGGUCUAGUACAGCCGACGCCAUACGCCCGACCUCACAGUACGAGAUCCAGAAGGCGAACAUAUACGCCACGCAUCUCAGCAUCCGUUCCUACCUGGUCGAGAAGUACUUCGUCCUCUUGGAGAAGGCGAACAACCUGAAGACGCAGACGGCGCUCCAGCGGUCGCCUGGGUCGCUGAUAGGCGGGCUCGACCGCCUCCUCGUAGGAACAGAGAUCGACCCCCACCUCGAGAGCAAGAUGGCUUCAGAGCGUGAACAAGUCGUCAAAGACCUGCUCGUCGUCCUGGGAAGCAUUGACAUGGUCAACAUGGAGCCCAACGCCGACAGCUUCGCCCAAAAGAUCCGCUCCGUAGCAAGCACCCUCCUCGAAGUCCCCAAGGAGCGCAAAGGCUCCGUCGCCCAGCAGAACCAAGAGUACCUCUACAAGUUCCUCGACGUGCUGUCCAAGCUCGAGCGCGUCUCCGACCCGGAGGGCUCCGACCCCAACGCCCGCAUCGACGAGGAGGUUGAGUUGAAGCUGUGGGCGGAUCUCAGGGAGCAGCAGUUGAAGUUCCAGGAGGAUGGCGGCGUUUAUGGGUUUUGA